UCAGAUCAAUGUAAAUAGAGGCAAUAGUCUCAGCAGCAUGAACAACGGAGACGCAGUUUUGCCCACAGGAGAUGUGCAGCAGAACAGCCUCACGAGUUCAGUACAGAGCCCGCACAUUCCAGUGCCCCCGCGAGAUAAUGACGAAAUCACUGACAUAAUAUUCGGAUACGAUCGCAGUUUCACCCAUGGCUUCUCAGAAGGUUUCACAAAGGCUACAAAUGAGGAGUCAUCCCACAACAAGUUUCUGGGCACGUUCCAUGGACAGAAAAUAGGACUGGACGUUGGAGUAAUGCGAGGAGUUGCUUGCACUCUUUUGGCCCUCGAAGAUCCCAAUUUUGUCUUCAACAUGGAAGGAGAUUCCUUGCAAAAUGAUCUAAGUACUGGUACAACAAAGAGUUCUAAGCUCUCUGCCAAUUGUAAGACAUUGUUAGACCUCUGCAGUCAAAUAAAAGCUACUGGAUAUCUACCUGGAGAACCCUUGUUUGAAUUGAUUGACAAGGCUCGAAAGAAAUACAGAAUGGUAUGUGCACUAGCUAAAAUAGUGCCAAAUGUGGGGCCGGAACUAGCCAGUCCUGUGGCCCAAACGGCGUGGAAAAGUGACGAAAAAGGAGGUGGACUUAAUGUAGACAACUCAUUCUAAUUUUUUUUUGUUUUUGUAGUUUUUAUGGCACGCGUUGAUUUGCUAAUUUAGAACAAUAGAAAAAAAUUGCUUUCGCAAA